AUGCAUCCAUCCCGCGGUCUGCUCUCUGCCGGCAUGCUGGCCUGUGCCGGCACUGCUCUGGCCCAGCUCACCUUCGAGACCGAUGCCACGCUGCACGACUAUCCUUCUCUCAAGGACGGCAGCGCCAAGUACAACCCGCCGUGGUGCGAAAUGGGCUACGACAGCCUCGAUCUCAACAGCGUCACCUCCUACUGCUCCAUCGACAAGACCACCUGCGGCGCCUGCUUAAAUGUAUGCGGCUCCAAGGGCUGCAAGUACCUCCUGGCCAUGGACAGGUGCACCCGCACCGACGGCCAGCUCGACAUGAGCGUGGGCGCUGGCCAGGAGAUUGGUGGCGCCACGACCGGUCACCUGAAAGUCAAAGUCACGCAGGUUGAUGCCUCCUACUGCCAGCACAUCUGGAACGGCCAGAUGUUCUUCUCCUGGCAGGUUCCCUCUGGUAGCUUGGCUACCUUACAGUCCAUGAUAGUCAAUGGGGCAACGACCGCCAGCUACCUGGACCCUGCCACCAGAGUUCCUAUCAUUACUUCCCACCAAUCUUCUCCGACCCUUGCGACCACGACCUCUUCUACCGAGGCAGCGCCUACCACCAAAGAUUCCGCGCUUGAGGAAACCGAGGCCGCCUCCAUGUACUCUACUCCUACUAGUUCGCAGGUCACCUCUGAGGACCUUGCUCCUGUCGAGACUGCUUCCUUAUCAGCUGAGACGUCUGCCUCCUACUCCGUUCUGUCUGAAUCUGCGGCUAUUUCAACAGAUGCCAGCAGCGACACUGCUACCGAUGUAGUUGCGGACUCCAAUGACAGCGGUGAACCUACGACGACUGAGAACGAGGCAUCGGCUCCAACUACCGAUGGCUCAUUGGCUGGUGAGUCCGAAGACUAUACCACACUCACAACCACAGUCCCUGGAUCCACCAUUUACUAUACCAUCACUGGUUGCCCGCCUGGAGCCACCAACUGCCCCAAGUCACUCCAAUCCAUUGGCACGAGCACCUUGACCAAUACCGUCGAGACCACUGUGGUCGUUUCUACCUACGCUACGCUCUAUCCAAGUGGCUCCACAGAGACGGGCGACUCCGAUGACUCGCUUGAUACUCCCGACGCUAAAGCAUCCUCGGGUCUCUCUGCAGGUGACAUCACGGAGAGGCAUGAAAUCGUGGCACCCGCGAAGCGGUCCAAUGCGCCGGGUUAUACUGCGAGCAAGAGCUUGAAAGCUAUCAUGGCACUGAUCGGCCUCAGUGCUAUAGUCAUCAUGGCGCUGUAA